UUCCGCACCGCCAAUUGGCAUACAGAAGGUGAAAAAAGGAGCAAGAAAAAAAAAGUCUUCCCACACCCUCCAAGCUUUUGGUGCCUCUUUUGCCAUCUAGCUGAGAGUCCCAUCUAAAAAUCGGCAAGCCACCGAAGCUAGCCAACCCCGAGUUGUCUACCGAUUUCAAUUACAUAAAACCAAAGCAAUAUUUUCUCCUUACCUUUACUUCACCACAACUUGUCACCCCUCUAUACUACGAGUUGUCUCUUGUGUAUCUCCAUUGUUACUCUACUUGACUGCUUCCCCUGGCGCCGCCUGGAUCAUCCUUAUUUUUCGAUCUUGACAAAGAGAUUCUUGUCCCCAUCUGUCGGAUCCCGUUUCCCCAGAUUAUGUACUGAUUAGCGCUGCAUGCGCGCGCUUCAUUGCCGAACGAGCGACAUUGAUUUACUUUUUUUUUAUUUUAAUUCCAAGGUCGGCAAUAUCAGGAGGCCACAAGUACUAGACUAUCCCACCCCUACUUACGCCACAGACGACUUAUACUGGGCAAGCCUACUAAAAACGAUAGGCAACAACCGCUCAUAACCUAAUUUAUUUAUUUAUUACAACGUAUUUUGAGAGGCGUUUGCCGCGCGGCGGCAAUCGUCUCCUGUACUCGAUAUUGACAUGUCAGACAAGAUGUCUAUCGACAAGAAAGAACAUUCAAAAGACGAUUCGGAAGAGUCUAUUGGCUCAAGUCCUGAGAAUGAGGCGGGUCCGUCGAUUCCACCAGAAAACCAACCAGCGAAGCGCAAAGGAGGUCGCAAACCCAUAUAUGCUACCUCGGAAGAGCGCAAGCAGAGAAACCGACAGGCGCAAGCCGCGUUUAGAGAGCGCAGAACAGAAUAUAUCAAACAGCUGGAAGAAACUAUCAAGGCUCACGAGUCCAACUUGGCUAGCCUGCAAGCUGCUCACCGUAGUGCCGCAGACGAAUGCUUGAUGCUCCGGUACAAAAACUCACUUCUCGAACGAAUCUUGUUGGAAAAAGGUAUUGAUGUCCAAGCUGAGCUUCACGCCAAGACUGGUAGUCCAAACCUUGGUCCAACUCAUAUGCCCCAGAAUAUGGUGCAACCACCACCUCUGCCGCGGGCAAUCCUGAACAGACAUCACCACUCGCGCAGGUCUGCUUCCAGUAUUGCCCCGAAACUCGAGCCUGGCGUACCCUCUCUACCCCAACCCACAGGGGUACAACAAUCUAUGGCAUCGCCUAAGUCGCGGCCGACUCCCCCUUCCCACGCCGCUUCUCCUACUAACCCCACACCAUCUUUUGGUAAUCAAGCAACAGCUUCACCUGCGUCUUCAGAUCCUACGAGCAUGCGAACGACGAUCCCCCCGCCCAUGAAACCGCAAUUGGCACCGAUGCCUGGAAUGUCAGUCGCCGCGCGCCAGCAGAUGUUGCAGCAGCAUGCUGCUGGUGCGCGACCAACGGCGUUCUACCCGACGUCGUCGUUCCAAAAUCAUUUCCAGCAGCUCGAACAAGAGUACGAUGCCCCGACCGAUAUGAUGGACGAGCCCGAACCAGAUACGCCAGGGCCGGGCCCUUACCCUUCGACAUUCCAAAUUCCUCAACAACACGGCAUUCCCGUGCAACCGACAACGACGGGACCGCCUGGACAACCCCCGAUUGCAUCCGGCGGACAAGGUAGUCAAGUGCAAAGUCAGACUCAAGGCCAAGGCUAUCCAAGCAUGACCCAGCUGCUAGAUCCAGCAUUAGAUUGGGACCCUUUUGGCCUAAGCGCCUCCAUGGCUUUUCCAACGCAAUUCUCCUUCGACACGAGUAAUAUGAGGUAGCAUCAAAAUUGAAGCAAUGGGGUUGGGGCUUUGCGCGCAAUGCCGAAGAGGGUGGGAACUAAACGAGGGCCAUACCACCGAAACACCACCCCCUAUUAAUCGGGGCGAUAUAUAAAUGCGGUUCGAAAUCACGAACAACGCCUGGCAACUGCUAGGAUCGAUUGCGUUCUACACGGUUACCAGCAUAAUACCUCAUGGCAACUAGCGAUUUAGGCUUCUCAAGCCCGGUGAC